AGGAGGGGGAAAUGAAGUAACAGGAGCUCUCGCGAGAGUUCCUUCUUGUUUCUCGGGCUUGGGGUGUGCGGUGUAGCGCUGCUAGUGAAAGAGAGUGCCAGUAUUUGUAUCUUUUGAGAAUUCUAUGUGGAACAAGAAAUGGAAUAUAUGAGAGAGCAUACUACCUUUCACCAAGGGAAUAUUUUAUGCUGCCAGUGUGGCAUUGCAAUCCCACCAAAUCCAGCCAACAUGUGUGUAGCCUGUUUAAGGACUCAAGUGGAUAUCACAGAGGGAAUCCCUAAGCAAGUCACUAUUCAUUUCUGCAAACAAUGUGAAAGGUAUCUUCAGCCACCAGCAGCUUGGCUACAGUGUGCCUUGGAAUCAAGAGAACUUCUUUCAUUAUGCCUUAAAAAAAUUAAAGCUUCUCUUAGUAAGGUUCGGUUGAUUGAUGCAGGAUUUGUAUGGACUGAACCACACUCCAAAAGACUUAAAGUAAAGCUGACUAUACAAAAAGAGGUAAUGAAUGGGGCAAUUCUUCAGCAAGUCUUUGUAGUAGAGUAUAUUGUUCAAUCUCAGAUGUGUGAAGACUGCCAUCGAGUUGAAGCUAAGGACUUCUGGAAAGCAGUGGUUCAAAUUAGACAGAAGACACUUCAUAAAAAGACUUUCUAUUAUUUGGAGCAAUUAAUUUUAAAACACAGGCUUCACCAGAACACUCUUCGGAUCAAAGAGAUUCAUGAUGGUCUGGAUUUCUAUUAUGCUUCCAAGCAGCAUGCCCAGAAAAUGGUGGACUUCCUUCAGUGUACUGUACCUUGUAGAAUUAAAUCAUCGCAGCGUUUGAUUUCUCAUGAUAUUCACAGCAAUACAUAUAAUUACAAAAGCACUUUCUCUGUUGAGAUUGUUCCAGUAUGCAAGGACAAUGUCGUGUGUUUGUCACCAAAACUGGCUCAAAGCCUUGGUAAUAUGAGCCAGAUUUGCAUUUGUAUCCGGGUAACCAGUGCCAUUCACAUUAUUGAUCCAAAUACACUGCAGAUUGCAGAAAUAGAUGGAAACACAUAUUGGCGCCAUCCUUUUAAUAGUUUGUUGCAUCCAAAGCAGUUGGAAGAAUUUAUUGUAAUGGAUAUCAGUAAGAUCUAUGAACAGAAGCAAAGCGCUGGUGCAGGGAUGAAAUCCAACAAGCAUACCCUUGCGGAAGCCUGGGUUCAAAAGACAUCAGAGCUGAAUACAGACCAUCAGUAUUUCUGCCGUACUCACUUGGGGCAUCUUCUGAAUCCUGGGGAUCUUGUACUGGGCUUUGAUUUGGUUAAUUGUAAUCUGAAUGAUGAAUUUGCAAACAAGAUGAACCCCCAUAGUGUUCCUGAUGUGGUUUUGAUUAAAAAAAGCUACGACCGCACUAAGCGCCAACGUCGCAGAAAUUGGAAACUGAAAGAAUUACAAAGAGACCGAGAUAACAUGGAUACAGAUGAUGAAAGACAGUACCAAGACUUCCUGGAAGAUCUAGAAGAAGAUGAAACAAUUAGAAAAAAUGUCAAUAUUUAUAAAAAUCCAGUCAUUCCAGUGGAAAGUGAUAUAGAUGAUGAUAGUAUUCCCCAAAUCAGUCUCACUGAAAUGCUGGAAGACCUUCAGAUAUCUCAAGAUGCUACAGGCGGAGAAGGUGCUGAUAUGCUGAUGGAAUAAGUUAGGAGAUCUUGUUAAAUGAAUUCUGUCCUCCCUUGCAAAACAGUCAUUAAGAAAUCUGUUAUAGGCAUUCUUGACACGCAGAGUCAAUAAUAUUGAUAAGAUUUGCAAAAGGUUAAAAAACAGAUGGUCCUGCCUGGAAGGUAUAGUUAUAAUGGUUAAUAAAAAGGAAAGUAUAGUAGAUUAAGGAUUUUUUAAAAUUAUAUAUCAAACUGGUAUAUUUCUUGUAUAAAACAGUGCUUCAGUAAUUUCAAUAUCUGUACUCCAGACCUUUGGGCUGUUAUCAACUCUAAAAAAAUUCAAAUAUACUUUAAAUUGGUCCUUUAGAUACAACACAUCUUACAGCUAGCAACUGUAUGAAGUGUAAUUAAUUCAAAUUAGGAGGUUAAAGGUUUGUAUUGUGAUUGUUUCAGAUUAUUUUAAAAUGAUUUAAAAUUGUUUAGAAUGUAGACCAAAUAGCUGGUUCAACAUAUUGCAGUAAGCUUUAAUGAGGUUUGACUUAGUUUAGCUUAGUAUACUCUAUGAAUUCAAGUGUCUGGUAGAAGGACAGUGACAACAAAAUUACAUCAUAUGAGGCAUGAUGUCACAUGAGGCAUUAUCAAGACGUGUUAACAGAUUAUCAUUAUAGUAUAAUUAUGUAAUUCAUGUCAUUUGCAUUAUGACACCAUGCUGCAUGAGAUGUAAUUUCCCUUCCCUCCCCUGCCAUUCUAAUUGAUAAACCAUGUUUUAUGGCUUAGGACUAUAUGUGAAUCCAGCCAAUUUUAGUAAACCAUGGUUAAUUAAAUCUUGGUUUAGUAUGAUAUAUGAACCCAACAGUUAAGCAAAGUGAAUACCUUAGAAAUUUGUGUCCUACAGUUCUUUAGGAAUUCUGGGGGUUGAAAUCCAGAUAGGUAGAGUGCCUAGGCUGGAGAAAAGUAUGCUAACUUCUACAGCCUUCUGUUGAGGUUAGACUUAUAUUCAUGAAGUUAAAAGGAGCAUCAGUGCUACAGGUUUAAAAAAUACCUAUUUUGUAAACUUUUUUUUUUAUUUGAGCAACAUAUUCUCAUUUAUGGAAGUUACAAAAGUAGAAAAAUAAACCACAUAAAUGCAUUUCUUAAAAGUAUUAAGAAAUGUAUGAAGCUUACAACAUGUUUAUGAUAUAGAAAAUGCUAACACCUUCUGCUUUCUUGAUGUGUUGUUACCUGUUCCAGUUGAUCUUUAAAGAAACUGAGGAAGUUCUCUUAUUUCCAUAAACUGAUCAAACAUGCCCAGGCACAGUUUUUAGAAUGUUAAUUCAUGAUUACAACACCACUAAAUUAUGCAAUGAGAUUUCACAACUACUUGUCUAAAAUGAAGACACAUAGGAAGGUGUGACACCUGUGUUUAUGAAAGCAGAAUGGAGAAAUCUAGGACUUUUGUCCUUGCUGAAUCAAUUAUUUUACAGGUGUGGAAUAGUUUUGGGAAACUCAUAAAGACUCUGUACCGAUAAUUUUUUUCUGCUGCAUUUCAAGAUCUCUCUCUUCCUUGAAUUGAGGCAGUGUGGAGUAGUUUCUUAAUGAAAUGAUAAAAAAACAAUGAACAUCUCCCUAAAUAAAGAAAGUACAUCAUAAAAUGAUUACGAUACAAGAUUGGUAUAUAAUACAACAUUUCAGAGUAAAUAAAUAGAAAUGGUAUCAUUGCUGAAAGGGUUUUUGUAAUAAAAAUGCAUUUCUCAAUCCAUGUAAUGAUAUUUGGAGGUAUAGUAUUUAAAUCUCAUGACUUCCAUAAGAUUUCACUGUAAAUGUUACUGGCAUAGCAAAUGUUAGAUCAAAGAAGCCUUGGCAGUUAUGCUGCUACUUUUACAAUAAACUUGUAAACACUGCUUCACUGUUUUACUAUCUUUCUCCAUUAAAAUAUCUCAAGAUCCAGCUACUCA